GUUUGAACUUUUUUGGAUCUUCACGUUCAUCACCGUACUCUCACCGAUCUUUUAUCUCACCAUCAGGGCGAGCCAACGCAAGGAACCCUGCACCAUAACAUCGGUAAGUUUUUGAUACAUCCCGAUUGACAAUUCCAAAUAACUAAUUGUCUCCUGCAGACAUCACUCGACACCUUACAUCCUCAACAAUGUCUGAAUCCGCUGCCUGGCCCCUUGCCGACGAUGCUCUUCAGCAAGAGCUCCUGGACAUGGUCCAGCAGUGCCAGCACUACCGCCAGCUGAAGAAGGGCGCCAACGAGGCUACCAAGACCCUCAACCGUGGUGUCUCUGAGCUCAUCAUUCUCGCUGCGGACACCAACCCUCUCUCGAUCGUUCUCCACCUUCCCCUCCUUUCCGAGGACAAGAACGUCCCCUACGUUUACGUCAAGUCCAAGACCGCCCUUGGCCGUGCCUGCGGUGUCUCCCGCGCCGUCAUUGCUUGCAGCAUCACCUCCAACGAGGGCUCUGAGCUCGCCGGCCCCAUCCGCGCCCUCAAGGACAAGAUCGAGAGACUCGCCAUCUAAGAUACCCCCGACGUAGGAUAACGGACAGUGUAUCAUGAUACAUCUUGGGAGGUGCUGAAAACUGGUUUGGAAUGGAAAAGUCUGAAUUGUUGAUAGGCGUCGACUAGCUAUUCUCGGGUCCUAUUCUCUCCGUGGUAUCUGCUGCUGUGACGGGGCGCAAGGUAACUGGCUGCGAAAACAGCUAUGUGAAUGCGCCUGUCUGUUAGUGGACUCCUGCGAGUUGGUGUGGUCCAGAAAACUGUCAAUUGAUGAUUGUCGAAAACUCAAACUCCUAAAUAUGCAAUGGCCACAAUUUGUGCAUUUAGCGGUGCUUGACUCGGGACGAGCCAGUGGGGGAACCUGCCACCUCCAAUGGAAUAACAACUAUACCUGAAGAGCAAGUAAGGCGGUUUCCUACUUUUACUACCCACGCUACCUUGCUUGCUUGCCUUGGC